GAUAACAUACGGGAGCGUGGGGCAACAGCUGCCAUAAUUGGUUGAGGCCUGAACAUCACCACCAGGAAAUACAUCUUGGUGCAAAAUAAGCGUCAGGAACAACAUAUAACAGCUGCUUCUCCACGCCCAACCCUCGCCUUCCGUCUCUCGAUGCCGCGCGUGUGUCCAGUGUGUCGCGAGGACUACGCGGAGGGGCUCACGGCUCCUGUGUCCCUGUCCUGCGGCCACAGCUUCUGCAGGAGGUGCCUUCAGACGCUGCUAGGGCUGACGCAGGUUCUCAAGUGCCCCGUGUGUCGAGUUCUCCACGCGGGAGCCUCUCUCGAUGAGCUCCCGGAUAACUUGGCUCUGAUGGAGGAGCUCGCCCCGCCGGCGGAGGAGGAGGCCGUUGAGGGUUUCAUGAAGCUCAUCAUCAUGAACUUGGAAGACCUGAAGUUCACGCUGCACGUCAAACCAACGGAUAACUUUAGCCGAGUGAAGGAGUAUCUGUGCACUCACUACGGCAUCACCCCCGACCUCACGCGCCUCAUCUACAGAGGGAGGAGGCUCCAGGACGACAAGACGCCGAGGGACUACAAGAUAACGUGCGGGACGGUCAUCCAGAUGGCGACCUGCUACGAGUCCGGUGUGUCGUGGCGGGUUCAGGGUCGAGUCUGUGGAGAGUGAAAAAGGGGGGGGGGAAUAGAUUAGUGAAUUAGAAAAAUAUUUUUAUUUACUUACAUAUAUACAUAUACACACAGUCACACGCACACA